CCCCACGACCGAAACCCUAGCCACCGCGCGCGCGCGAAGAUGUUCGCGUACCAGAAGGCGCCGGACCUGGAGGCCGGCGACGGCUCCUCGCUGCUCUACCCGGGGAUGGAGGAGAGCCCGGACCUGCGCUGGGCGCUCAUCAAGAAGAUCUACGUCAUCCUCUCCAUCCAGCUCGCCAUGACCGCCGCCGUCGCGGGCUUCGUCGUCAAGGUCCCCGCCGUAUCCGAAUUCUUCGUGUCCUCCAACGCCGGCCUCGGCGCCUACAUCGCGCUCCUCAUCCUCCCCUUCAUCGUGCUGUUCCCGCUGCACUACUACCACCAGAAGCACCCGGUCAACCUCAUCCUGCUCGCCAUCUUCACCGUCUCCAUCAGCUUCGCCGUCGGCAUGACGUGCGCCUUCACCAGCGGAAAAGUCAUCUUGGAGGCUGCAAUUCUCACAGCGGUGGUGGUGAUCAGCUUGACUGCUUACACUUUCUGGGCUGCAAAGAGAGGCCAUGACUUCAACUUCCUUGGCCCCUUCCUGUUUGCGGCUCUUAUGGUGCUGAUGGUGUUCUCAUUAAUCCAGAUCUUCUUCCCACUGGGCAAGCUCUCUGUCAUGAUAUAUGGUGGCAUCGCAUCGCUUAUCUUCUGCGGCUACAUCAUCUACGACACGGACAAUAUCAUCAAGCGCUACUCGUACGAUGAGUACAUCUGGGCCGCUGUGUCGCUCUACCUCGACAUCAUCAAUCUGUUCCUGUCUCUUAUGCAAGUGCUGCGGGCAGCUGAUAGCUGAGCGCAUCCAGGCCUCCUCUGCUUGAUUUAGUUACCUAGCUUGUGCAUAUAAGAAAUUCAUGAAUCCCUCUGAUCCAUGUAGUCAUUAUCAGUAAAUUCUCUUGAUACUGUCGGAGUCUCAAUAUCUCCCUUACCCACUUCCAGCAUAUGCGAUGUCUGUUUACUUUCUCCAUUGAUGAAAAUAUGAGUAUUGGUGGGUUGAAGUUGUAAGACGCAUGAACUUAAUUCAAAGUAUCUCAUUUUACUGCUCCA